AUGUCAUUUGUUAAGUCUGUUGAUGCUUCUGAUAUGAUAAAAACUGCCGAUACCUUGUUUAAAUUGUUUGCUGAGGUUAUUGAGUGGGUUGGGUCUAGUAACAUUGUGCAUGUGGUUACUGAUAAUGCUGCGAAUUAUGUAUCUAUUGGAAAACUCAAUCAUGAAAAGUAUCCAAACAUUUUUUGGUCUUCUUGUGCUGCUCACUGCAUCAAUCUUAUUUUGAAAGACAUAGCAAGUAUGCCUCACAUAGCUGACCUUGCCUCUCGUGCUUCAAAAGUGACUGUGUUUGUUUACAAUCAUAUGAUUUUCUUGUCACAGCUUAGAAAAAGAAAAUAUUGGAAAGAAAUUGUUCAACCAGGAGUUACACGUUUUGCUACUAUUUUCAUUACUUUGAAAAGUAUAUAUGAUCAUAAGGAACACUUGCAAGCAUUGGUGGUGGACAAAUAUUUCACUUCUCAUAAAUUAUCCAAGAGUGUCAAUGGGAAGAUGGUUAGCUCAAUUAUCUUGGAUAGUAAGUUUUGGGACGAUUGUAUUACUACUGUUAUGCUUGUUGGUCCUCUUAUUAAGUUAUUAAGGCUUGUUGAUGCUGAUGAGAAACCUUCUCUGGGUAUCAUGUAUGAGGGCAUGCAAAAAGCCAAAAUUGCUAUCAAGACAAUGUUUAGAAAUAUAAAAUCUGCAUACACACCUUAUACAAGUAUCUUAAAAAUGUUGUGGGAUAAGCAUUUGAAGCGUGACCUCCAUGCAGUAGCAUAUUUUUUGAAUCUAGAUUUCUUCUAUAGUGAGGGGUUUGUUGAGAAGGCAAAUAUCUUGAGGUCUUUGCUUGAUUUAUUUGAUAUUAAAACUCUUUGCGAUAACUCAGUUGCUGCAAUGCAAGACAUACAGUUGUAUCGAGAUCAAAAAGAAAGUUUUGGAAGGGAAAGUGCUUUAAAAGCAAUUAAGAGACUUGAACCUGGUGAAUGGUGGAGGCUACACGGUAGGAGUGCUCCUAACUUGCAAAAAAUGGUAAUUCGUCUUCUUCAUCAAACAACUUCAUCAUCCGGAUGUGAGAGGAACUGGAGCCUCUUUGAACAAAUCCAUUCAAAGAGGAGGAACCGAUUAGAGCAUCAAAGGCUAAGUGACAUUGUUUAUGUGACUUAUAAUCUACGCCUUCAAUCUAGAAUGCAUCGCAAGAAGAAGAAUUAUGAUCCAAUUGACGUUCAAAAACAUUGA